AGGGGAUCGACCUCUUGUCUAUAUCCGUGGUGGGUUUAGGAGCCAGUGGGGAGUAUCUGAGGCCGGUGUGACUGUGUGUGGGCCGGAGAGCCGUUCCCUUGAUAAUGCAGUGUGAGAACUGUCUAAAAGAAAUUGCUAAGAAUUGUUAACAAUCUGGCUCCUACACUGCAUAUUGUUAUCUUCUGACAGUCCUUUAAAGAAAUUGGUUGAAUCCAACUACAAGAUGGACAGGAUUCCUGUGUCAAAUGUGGAGCUGGUCUGCUUCGGGUCAAGCUUUGCAUUUUCUGGGUUGUUUUACUAUUUGUAUAGAAAGAAAAGAGCAACAGUGAAAGUAUUAAAGGAAGCCCCAAAAUUCCAGAUCAACAAGCAGUUGGUGGAUUUUUUGAAUGCCACUCCAGGAAAAUGUGUGGAGUAUGCUAUUGUGGAAGGUAUCACUCGACCAGUUGGGGAGCGUCUGCGGAGCCAUUAUCAGGAUGACUGCACUGGGGUAAUGCAGCGGCUUAUUUUGAAAGAGCACAAACUGAUCUGGAAUAAUUUGGCUAGGAGUUGGAAUGAUAGUGAAAGGAUUAUACAUCAAAGAGUGAAUGUUGUGCCCUUUGACCUGAUAUCCCCUGAAGGAGGGAAGACUUCAAUCCGUGUGAUCAACCCACUGGAAGCAUCAGGUCUGCAGUUUGAAACAGUGUAUGAACGGUUUCACCAAGCAACACAAGGUUUCACUGAUAUUAUUGGGCACUAUCUAAGCGGUGAGAAACCCAAAGGCUUCUUGGAAACUGAAGAGAUAGUCCGGGUUGGAGCCACUUUAACCGGAAUUGGAGAACUAGUUUUGGAUUCUGACAAGAUCAUCAAGCUUCAGCCUCCGAAAGCAGGUCUGGAAUAUUUUUUAAGCAGCUUGGACUUCCCAAGUAUCCUGAAACAGCAGGAAUCGAGCGUCAAACUUUGGAAGAUGUUCAUGACCAUCUGUACGUUAACGGGCAUUGCAGUGAUUUUAGUUGUCCUGCGCAGAAUGUACCAUGAGUUCAGUGAAAAACAGGAACAGGAGGAACUGAGAAGGAGCUAUGAACGGUUCAACGAAAGCAGAGGUAUCACAGGUUCGACAGCAGAUGGUGAUGAAAUACCAGAGAAUGCAUGUGUAAUUUGUUUAUCCAAACCACGAGAAUGUGUCUUCCUGACCUGUGGGCAUGUUUGUUGCUGCUAUGAUUGUCAUCGGGCUCUUCCCUCCCCAAUUUGUCCAAUUUGUAGAAGUUAUAUAGCUAGAAUUGUACCUCUUUACCAAGCAUGAAAGUGUAUUCCACACACUAUACAAAUCAAUCAAGUGCCUUUAAUUGCUGAUCUGCACCAGAAUGUCAAGUUAAUGUGUUUAUGUGGUGACCCCACUCCCAUCACUAUGCUUUCAUUUUAAUACUGUGUUACUGUCUGAUGUUCCCUUUGUGUUAGCCACAACACCCAAAUUAGCACUCAAGUUUCUGAAUGUGUGAUCAUUGCCAUUGGUUAAUGGAUGAAUGACAGUGACAUAUGCUAAAAAGAGAUUCAUCAGUAUCUUCUGAUAUACUGCACAAUACCAUAUAUCGACAAAGAUCUAGCCAAACUAGUUAACCUGGAUUGGUAUUGAUACCACAUGGAACUUUUUUAACAAGGCACCUUUGGACCAUGGAGAAAAACCAUCAUGAAAUAAAUUAGAAACACUGAACAUAACCAACCAUUCCUCAGCCAGCAUUUCAUAGUGUCACCAGUAAUUUGUUUUAGCCUGGUGCAAAAAUGCACAUUAAAGCAGACUGGCAUGCUGGAGUCACUUCAACUUGGAUUGCAGCAUGGUGAGUUCCUCCAAAAUCUGCAGUUGUGUCCCUACACUAACUUUCAAAACAACUAAUCAACAUUUUCUUACAUUAGAAGACACCUUUGUUUUUUUUAAAAAAAAAGCAGUGAGUGUACUGCCAGGGAGGUGAGACUAGAAACAUGAGUGGACAUUUUAUGCCUGUUCUGGCACUUCCAUCAAUCUAGUCUUAAUUUCUCAGCUGAUUCCAGUUUUCUUACUGAUUUCAGCUAUUCACAAGCGAGGAAUACCAGUGCAUAAAUGAUUGGAAAAGCUAGUGGCAUGAUAAUUUAUAUUGUUGAAGCUGAAUACCGGCAAUGUAAGAUUGCAGUCAUAUAAGUAACAGAAAUUGUUACUUAAGUACUGUUUAAUAUUUUUGCACUGAAAUUAAUGACCUCUCUCCAUGAUUGCUUUCUACCUUGAUAAAAGAGAGUGAAGUUUUUCCCUGGCACUAGUAAUGCUGAGAUAAUGCUGUAACUUUCACAUAAACUGGGGGCAAUGUGGUCAGAGAGCAAAACAACAGGGAAAGGAGACCAAACAGUUUGAAGGGCAUGAAGGAGAAAGAAGGAAGGAAACUUGAGAGAUUUGCGCAGUACAAAAAAUGUAUCCCUUUUUAAAAUGUGAAAAACUGUCUAAAACAAUAUUAGUUUUUAAUGGGCCUUUUUGUGAAUUAUAAUCCUGUCCUAAAAUAAGAAAUGUACUAUGAGGUGAGUUUAUUUGCCUACAUCGUACAUUAGAUGAUAAGAAAGUGGAAUACAUCUGGACUGUUUAGGGUUACUUAUCUUCUAGUUAAAUUUACAUGUUUAUAUAUUCUGUAUUAUGUGGCAGCUCUUUGUUCCUCAUUUGACUUUGCUGUUACCUGCAGACUUAGCUCCUUACUGUGACUCCUUUGGUCACAAAAUACAAGAAUUUCCAUUCACUAAUACUGUGCUUAUAAUUCUUUCACUUUAUUUUUGAUUUACUUUUAAAUGUGCACUCAGACUUGGUCGUGUGUGUGUGUGUGUGUGUGUGUGUGUGUGUGUGUGUGUGAGAUUUUAUUUGCUCAUCUAAAAAUACUGUUUUCAUUUGCCAGUGAAUCUCUUGUAUUAGUCUGUGACCCCCUCCAUAUGGUGCAGUUAUAAAAACUGUAUCAGAAGCGCAAUGAAAUUAUUUUUUCAAAGCUGAUUUUUUUCAGAAAAGUCCAAGGCAGUAAUUAUUUUUGUUGUAGGAAGUAAACAUUGGAAUGUAAUUGUUAUUGAGGUAUACCUGUUGGUCUAUGAUAAAGACUAAAUAAAAGCAUUUGCUGAUGACUGUUA